AUGGAGGGCCGAGGCACCCCUUUCAGCCCCAACUCAUCAACCUCAGACGGCCAGUAUGGCGAGGAAUGGGCACGCGAUCUUCGUCUCAAGUUUGAGGGCCUGUUGAGGGACAAGCGGAUGAACGACUUGCGAUCGUGCACCAGAGGUCAUUCUCCACGACACGAAACCCCCGACUUGACGGAGAGAGCGUCGAGCGCCAAUCUCGCCGCCCACGCCUCCUUCCAUGAUGAUAGACCGAGUACUGCACAUGGUAGCCAAACUCCAUCAACACCUCCAUCAUACUCGUGCAUCCGCCAUCUUCCCAAGAUCCCAACAGCACCGGCUGCCGGCGACAGGGACUCACAAAAGUUUCGAAACCUUAUGAUCAGCUUGUCAUUGACACCAACCAAAUAUGAGAACCCAGGUUUGUUGGAUGAGGCUCUACAAACUAUCCCCCUCGACCGGAUCUACAGCGAAGCCGAAGAAGAGUGCCAAGUCCUCCAAGCCGAGGCAGAGAGUAUGGGAGAUGGCCGUCGACCAGAAUGGGGAUAUCAAGAUUGUGUCAUUCGUGCGCUUCUCCGAUGGUUCAAGCGAUCGUUCUUCACAUGGGUGAACAAUCCCCCCUGCCCAGUAUGCCUGUCACCGACCAUUGCGCAGGGUAUGACAGCGCCUACUCCUGAAGAGAGCGCUUGUGGUGCGCUCCGUGUAGAGCUUUACCGAUGCUCCGCUCAAAACUGUGGAGCUUAUGAGCGAUUCCCUCGCUACGGUGAUGUUUGGCGACUGCUUCAGACCCGACGAGGACGUGUGGGAGAAUGGGCGAAUUGUUUCAGCAUGCUUUGCCGCGCCGUUGGUGGCAGAGUCAGAUGGAUAUGGAACGCCGAAGACCAUGUGUGGACCGAGGUCUAUUCAGAACAUCAACGAAGAUGGGUUCAUGUCGAUGCUUGCGAGGAGGCUUGGGAUAGCCCUCGUCUUUACACUGAGGGAUGGGGCAAGAAGAUGUCAUAUUGCAUUGCCUUCUCAAUUGACGGUGCAAUGGAUGUAACCCGGCGAUACGUGCGAAACAGCGAGGCCGCCGCAGAACGCAACCGAUGCCCCGAGGAAGUCAUGCUUUACAUCAUGCAAGAGAUCAAGAACAUUCGUCGGAGCAACAUGAACAAGGACGAGCGCUUUCGCCUUGAAAAGGAGGACCAGCGCGAAGACGAGGAACUCCGCGGCUACGUGGUGGCUUCCAUUGCCCAAGCCGUUACCGACUUGGUUCCCGGAGCCUCGAGCUCAUCAUCAAGCACUGGUCGCAUCGUUCCCAGCCACGGACAAGAUGUCAAGGUUCCUGCCGAGCAACUGGCACAACAGCAGACAAACAACACUGCCUGGUUAAUGGCUCAACACCAAGCGCGAAAUCAGCAAUUCCAACCCCCUCGCGACCCCCGUCAGCAAUAA